GGUGGUCUGAUAAUGACAGUUCAAAGCGUGGGAGAGGGCACCACUACAUAAACCUUAGAAAGGACCGAAGCCAAAGUCUGUGUGCAGUCCGCUAUUCUUGUACAAGUCCGACGGCGCCGGUUUCAGAGUAUCCUUCCAGUCUUCGACUUCAAAGCUCUCCAAGUUCAACAAGAUAUGAAGCCUUUUACAGCUUUUCCGCGUUUGGGGGCUAUAGUAAGUUUAGGGGCGUGGUUCAUCCUAAUCACCAUGACGACGGUGGAAGCUAGGGAUACCGUCAACAUCCCAUGCUGGGAAAAGCAGGCCUGCAGUACCUGUCCUGACUGGCAGGAAGCAGCCAUGACCGAAGACUUCUGCUGUCCUUGUUGUCUUGCUCUUUGCAGUAAACUGGUGACAGAGGAAUUUGCAAUCUGCGAGGUCCCAACUGAGAUGAUGAACUGCACAGCGGAAGUGACGUCAUCAACACAAAUGGGGGCGUCAUCAGGCCUGAAAACAACUGUAACCAUGGCGACCAAGAAGACUGACAGUGACGUGGGUAGUGGUGGUCAGACGGGUGCACAGCGGGACAAGGUAGUAGCGGUUUGGGCGAUGGUCCUCCUAGCGAUGAUGGCGUCAGGUGGUAUCCUGUGAGGUGCAGCCUUGUCCAGAAAAGGAACCAUCAAAGCUUUAGCUAAAGAGGGCCAGGAUAGAAUACUGAAGAAGAUGUAUAUUUAUUGUUUAGAAACGAUGUUGAAUUAGCGAUAUAAUUUUUGCGGCUUUUAGCAUAUCAUAACAGUUUGCAUUCAUUGUAAACGACUGUAGCGCUCCUAUCGGCAAAAGGUGGUAUUGCAGAUUGACACCGUAUUGUUAUAAGGGCCAGCGAUUCUAUACUGAAGUAUAGACACCUGUUACACUGUGUAACUAAGCUUGAAUACAUAAAUUCCCUAACGUCACUGCAACCUUUACGGCUAUUGAGUUGUUAGCAAAGCCGUCCAAGAUAUAAAU